UUAAAAGCCCUCAGACCACCAGCAACUCUCUCUCCCUGUGUGUCUUUUAUUAUAUGCUUUGGGAGAAGAAAAAAAUCCCUGCCAAGGCACGUCUGAACUGUGACAGCCCCGCCCAUUACUAGUCCUUUUGCACCUGCCUCACCACCCCUGCCACUUUGAGCGCAAAACCUCCAGGAGCUCCUGUACCUGCACUGCAGCGUUUGGUCAGCAGCCCUCACUAGUACUGAAUCUUCCUCUGCUGUGUCUCCAUGGCUCCACUGAGGCGUCACCAUCCGCUGUGAACAGGUAUGCAACAUGAGGAUUAUCUGAGCAGCAAAUGCAGCCCACCCCCAACUGAUGAAGACGCAGUGGUAAAUAAAAAAAGAAAUAAGGAGAAAUCAGUGCGACCAUCAGCGGAUGUUUGGUGAGUGUUUCAUGUCAGGGGAGAGAAAUCUGCGCGUCCUUCUGUCCUAAGUAACGGAGGAGGUGGAAGUAAACAUGCAAUAAGUGACAGUGGCAACCAGGUAGUCAACUACGCAAGAGCGCUCCCUCCGGACCUCCUCACUGAACUUUACCCGCUGAGCUUCGACGCGAUGGCUGCUGCUGCUGCUGCUCUGGGGGAAGUUGGAGGCGUCUUGCACGGCAUCGAUGGUGUCUCACAGGUCGGGUCCCAUUUCUUCCUGACCCCUCUGGGGGACAGUCCGACGCUACUAGGGGAGCACCUCAUACCUGGGGACAGGCUCUCCCGAAGCACCCCGGCGGAUUUAACGCACCUCAAAGGGAUUCUCAGGAGGAGACAGUUAUACUGCAGGACUGGUUUUCAUCUGGAAAUACUUCCAGAUGGCACAGUGCAAGGGACGAGGAAGGACCACAGUCGUUUUGGUAUUUUGGAAUUCAUAAGCCUUGCUGUUGGGUUGAUAAGCAUUAGAGGGGUGGACAGUGGACUCUACCUGGGGAUGAACGACAAAGGAGAGCUGUAUGGGUCUGAGAAGCUCACAGCUGAAUGUGUCUUCAGGGAGCAGUUUGAGGAGAACUGGUACAACACUUACUCCUCCAACCUCUACAAACAUGGAGACAAAGGGACGCGUUAUUUUGUGGCAUUAAAUAAAGACGGGACACCAAGGGACGGGACUAAAUCCAGGCGGCACCAGAAGUUUACACACUUCUUGCCCAGGCCUGUGGACCCCGACCGUGUGCCAGAGCUGUACAGGGAUAUCCUGGGACACAGCUGAGACCUGGAGGCCUGGUCCAGUUCAGGAAUAGUUGCUAAAGCCCUGUCAGGCAGGGAGCAAGACAAGAGAAGAGGGACGCAUGCAUUGGGAUGUGGCCAGUGCAGGCUGGUGGACAGCAGUCCAACCAGCAGGGAUAAAGGCACCGGGGGCCUCUUGUAGGAAUGCACGGGCCAUCUCUCAGCAGCCAGGAAGACAGGCCAGAAAGUCUGCACACUCUGCAUGAGGGGGUCGUUUGUAUUAGAGGCUGGGCAACCCUAAAAAGUACCUGCGUGGAAUAGGAGAUGAAUGGGAAACUGUGCUGAAUGGUCAGGGAGCAUCUCUCUAGUCAGACUGAGACAUCAGCCAACGUGGAGGCCGUGGGAAUCUAUCAUGAAAUGGUCAGAGAGCCGUAGUUUGUUCAGAAGGACUUUGAAGGAAUUCUGUUUUUUUUCUUACCUGUGUCUAGAACUGUUUGAAAAGAGCUAAAAUGUAACAAUUUAUUUAUUCAUUUUAGAUACAUAUAUUUAUGUUAUAUAUUUAUUUAUUUGAGAAUAUAUUUUUACAGUUAGAUACAUGCAAUAUAGAAAAAACACUAGAAACUGUACUGAUUAUAUAAAGACUGAGACACUGUACCAUUGUCUUUUAUUUUGAAAAAAAACUAGCAAUAUACUGUAAUAUGACUGAAAAUAUGAAACAUACUGGCAAUAUUUGGAAAAGAUAUCCACAUCUGAAAUGCAUUUUAUCACAAUAUGGCAACUGUGAAUCGAAUAUUUAAAAAUCUUUGUAAUGUUGACACUUAAAUUCUAACCAAACUACUGUUACAUGUGUUACGGGAGGAAUCUGAAGUCAACAAAAUGACAAUACAAGUAAUAAAUUGCUCAAAAUGU